AUGGGGCUUGAAGAAAGUCAAUUCAGACCGUCUGUUGUACCAAUCCUAGGACUCAACAGCCAAAGGUUAUACCUGAAAGGCGCUGUUAGGUUGAACAUAGUCACCGCAGAAUGCACUCUGCCAGUAGACUUCCUCGUAGUGGAUUCCGUCACAAGCUACAACGUUGUCAUGGGGAGAAAUUGGAUCCAUAGGAUGCAGGGAGUGGUCUCCACUUUGCACCAAGUUAUGCGAUGCCAAUCACCCAAUGGCCAUUACACAAUCGACAUAAAAGGGUGUCAGAAGCAGGCAAAAAAAUGCUUCCUUACCCUGAAAGAGAUAAAUGAUUAUGCCACCUCCUCUCCUGACGAAAACCCCACCAAAUAG